UGUCCAAUCGGGGGGAGCCCCCGUCAAAGACAGCCUCGUGUCCCAGCGCAGGACACUGAUUUGGGUUUCCCUGGCUGCCACGAGACUACUAGAAAGUUGAUUCAGGUUUCAUUUUAUGUCAUUCAUGUUGGAGCGGAAAGAUCAUUAUCAAGAACGUUAAUCAGUCUAUAAAUACUUACGAUGAAGCAUGAUAGAAAAAUAAAAUACGGUGGUUGUUCAGUGGGUAUUAAUAUUUCAGCGUGAACAUGACGCUCUUUCUUGAGUUUCAUUUGUCGUCAUCAACCAAGCCCCAUGCGGUUUGACAAGUUUGGGGAAAUGUUCCACUUUUAAUUCCGCGGAACUGCGUCCGCGCUGCGUUUCUUUCUGACGACGCUCCUGAGAGUUUAGUGCGCGUUGCUGCGGGCUGACAUGAUGGUGGUGAUCCCUCUCUUUCUCCUGCUUGCGUCAUUAACAGGUGUGUGUCCCCAGAGACCCAAAGAGAAGUAUGUCAGGGCAGGUGAGAUGGUGGCUCUGCAGUGCCCUGGUUACAGAGGGUACGAUCACAGUGAUGGCAGACUGAUCUGGACCAGUCACACCAGCCAGGAGAUGGAUCUGACCGGUGACAUGUCAUCAGCGCAGCAGAUGGAGACGGGCGUUCUGGUUCAUGGAAGGAAUCUUGUGAUUCUUAAUGCCUCUGUAAACCAUCAGGGGAAUUACUCGUGCUCUCAGGGGAAUGCCAGCAGAAAGAACUGGUUCAAGCUGAUGGUAUAUACAACACAGACCAGAGAGUAUGAAAAAGAGACAACGUAUCCAGUGACGUGUUACACACUAGAGUCCUGCACAUUGACAUGUCCUGAUGUAAAUAUACCUGCUGAAAACAUCCCGAAUAUUACCACCAACGGCACUAUAUGGCACAAGGAAGGAGAGUCAUCCCUAACAGCCAGUUACUUCUCGAGUGUGGAGGAGAAUGAUGGAGGUGUCUACACCUGUACCAGAUCUUACCUGUAUCAUGGUCAGAUAUACAACAUGACCUCCACGGUGAAGCUUGAAGUCCAGCCAAAGGAAAUACCUAAGAAACUUGCAGAGAUCACUUCACCGCGCAUGAGUGAGGUGUUUCCUGUAGAUCUCGGCUCAACAGUGGUGAUUGACUGUCAAGCUGUUGCGUACUCAGAGUUUGAUGAGUUGUUCUGGUUAAUGGACAAAUUAUUUGUGAAGAGGGACAACAGUUCACCAGUUUUCUACGAAUUCAAAGAUGAAAGAGGUCCUGACAAGAUCAAGCUAACAGCAACGCUGGUCUUCAAAAAAGUGUCGAAAGAGGAUCUGUUAAAAAAUUACACCUGUAAGCUGCAAUGUGAGAGCCAACCCUCCAGCUCUGUCUCCAUCAACUUGGUUCAAAAACCUCGCCCUGCUUACGUUCCCCUGGCUCUUGGGAUCGUCUGUGUUGUGGUGGUGAUGGUUUCGACAGUAGUUAUCUACGUGAAGUUCAAGAUAAACAUCACUCUUUUCCUAAGAGACACUCUCGGCUGCCGCAGAAGCACCUCAGAUGGGAAGAGCUACGACGCCUUUUUGAUGUGUUACAAGAGCGACACGGACGCAGGACUGAAUGACGAUGACAGAAAAUGGCUGGAAAGUGUUAUGGAGGAGGAAUUUAGUUACAGCCUCUGUCUUUUUGAUCGCGACGUCUUACCGGGCAAAGCUGUACAGGAGGCUGUGUUAGACUGCGUGCAGCAGAGCCGGACAGUUGUUUUGGUUCCCACCUCUUCAGACCCCGGUCCAGGAGCUGGAUUUCUCAGUGUUAUCCAUGAAGCCCUUGUGGAGCGACAGACUGACCUGGUCUUCAUCAGAACCGAGGCAACAGAGGUGUGGAGAUCAGGUUCAUUAUCAGAGGCCUUACAGCUCCUCAGCGAGGCUGGAGACUGUGUCACCUGGAAGGGCAUUAGCUCCAUGUCGCUCUCCUCCCCCUUCUGGAAGCAGCUUCGCUAUUACCUACCCGCCCCGCAGAACGCAUCAAAAAUAAGGCUUUUACCUAAAUAGACACUGAAUUCAUUCACAGGGCCAGUGUUGAGGAUUUUGGUGCUAUUUAGGGGUAAGUUUGCAGAUUCCAACCAACUGAACAGCCCUUGUACCAGGUGCUGAAAAAUGUAGAAGCCCCUCAGAAGAGCCAGUGUUUGGUUUGUCCAUUGUGGGCCACUGUAGAAACAUUGCCGACUCCAUGGAAGAGGACCCGCUUCCUUUGUAAAUAUAAAAGCCUCAUUCUGAGUUAAAAAAAAAACAAAAAUAUCUUAGUCUCAGGUAGGUGCUAAUACAGUAAUGAAAUAUUUUAUUCCGUUUCUGCCCCUGAAUCCUACACGUCGGACCCUUAACAUCUUGUUUUCUUGAAUUGCCCAGUAGAAAACUCACCUUGUAUGAGGGAAGCAACUUUUCGUCUCACCUGCAAAAGCAUUUAAUGUAUGAAUGUGACAUCAAAAUGUGAAACUGCUUUUUGUUAUAACAUCAGGCUAUACACUGUUACUACAGGCAUAGUAUUGUUUAAAUGUCAUAUUAAUAAUAGCUUGUAUUGUUUUUACAUACAUCUACAGAACAUUUAGAAAUGUGAAGAAAAAAAGCAUCUGUUUUCCUCUAAAACAUUAUGAGGAGUGUGAAUUAAUAAUUUUACAAUGUGUUGAAAAAAUGUUUACAAAAAGA